CUGUGAUACUGCAGCCUUGCUGGUCAGUAGGAGGUGACACGCAGGUGUAGCACCUAGCACUGGGCGGCCCGCAGCAGGUGUGCGAGACAGGAAGUUGUUAUUUGGGAAAAGGUUCUUCAGUUCAUUAACAACAGUCCUUUGCCAGUCUGUGCCAGACGUUGGGUACCCAGACAUGUAUUACCCAGCCCUCAUCUUUGAGGCGCUCACAGCUGAGUUCUAAGUAAGACAGAGUAAAAUAGUUUUGAGUAGGCAACAGCAGGCUCAGGCUCUGACCCGGGUGUACGCUCAGGCUGUGCACAGUCCCUUAGCACCACCGGGACGUCAAAGGAGGCUUUCAAGCCUGAACCGAAUCUUGAAAGGUGCCUUGUUUUUCUGAAAAGAACUGACCGCGUCGGGAGGACCGGAAGCUCUCCGUGCACACGGCCGCCUGUGGGAGCUUCGGAGACCAUGAAGUAGAAUUCAUUCCACCGGGGAGCUUUGCAUCGAGCUAUGGUGAAAAAUGUUCCGGAAAGGCAAAAAACGACACAGUAGCAGCAGUUCCCAAAGCAGUGAAAUCAGUACGAAGAGCAAGUCUGUAGACUCCAGCCUUGGGGGCCUCUCGCGAUCCAGCACCGUGGCCAGCCUCGACACAGACUCCACCAAGAGCUCAGGACAAAGCAAUAACCAUUCAGAUGCCUGUGCAGAAUUUCGGAUCAAAUACGUCGGUGCCAUCGAGAGGCUGAAAUUCUCUGAAGGACAAAGUCUUGAGGGACCGCUAGACCUGAUAAAUUACAUAGAUGUUGCCCAGCAAGAUGGAAAGUUGCCUUUCGUUCCUCUGGAGGAAGAAUUUAUCAUGGGAGUUUCCAAGUAUGGUAUAAAAGUGUCCACGUCAGAUCAGUAUGACGUCUUGCAUCGGCACGCCCUGUACUUGAUCAUCCGGAUGGUGUGUUACGAUGACGGUCUGGGGGCGGGAAGAAGCUUGCUGGCGCUGAAGACCACGGACGCGAGCAACGAGGAGUACAGCCUGUGGGUUUACCAGUGCCACAGCCUGGAGCAAGCACAAGCCAUCUGCAAAGUUUUAUCCACCGCCUUUGACUCUGUGUUAACAUCCGAGAAGUCCUGAAUUCUGCAGUAAGGGAAGCUGACUUGGUGUGGGAGUUCGGCGGCUUCCAGGGCUGAGCUACUUUGGAAGAAGGAAGCAAUGACAGUGAAGAAAUGCAGUGUGUAAUGUGCUCAUGGUUUGCUUUUCUAUUAAAAUGUGUCUUUAAUUACAGUGAGUGAGCUCUCAGCGAGGCCCUCCGCUUUCUGGGACUAAAAGAGAGAUCUCACCUAUCACUUUUAACCACAAAUGAGCUUAACACCUAAGUGUCACAGAAGCGCCCUCUGUGAGUGGGGAGCACGGAGACCUUUCUGGGGCAGCCACGUGCCGGCCGAGGUGCAGCGCGUGUCCCCCCACCCCCGGGGCCGAACAGCAAGGCAGUGCUGCCGACGGUGAAGGUGUGCCGUCGGGAUGACGCGCCAGGAAACCAAAGUAUUUAUCUCCGAGCUCACAGACCAGAGAUCGCCGUGCAUGUUAAAUAGUAUAGAAAGAAUCUCAUGUACAGUAGGCUAGUGGGUUUUUCUAAAGGACCAUUUUAAUAUGCAAUGCUUAGAGGAUUAAAAACAUUAAAAAUAACACUAUGUCCAUUUA